UUUUGAAAAUGGCGGUGUUUUUGGACUGAAAGGAGCAGUUGACAUGUUUUGAGAACUGCUUGUGGGGAUCAGAAAUACGGAUAUUUAUUGAAGAAAUCAAUGGUUUUCCACAAAAAUAAGCUCUUAAGAUCAUGGAUCAUUCUGCUUUAUUAUUUAGCGAGCGCGUUCUUUUUUCAGCUCAUGCAUUGUAUACAGACAACAAAUCCCCAUAAUCACUGUUCUAGACCCCUCUCCCGGAUUGUGCGGAAUCAGUUGAUAGAGCAAUUCUAUAAUGCAUUCCAAGUCAAGAACCAAGAACCCCACAUAAAAUGUCCACUGCACUCCUCCAGAGAUUUGUACAGUGUUCAAGAGGAAAAUAAAAUACAGGAGUAUGCCUCAAAAUGGGUGUGCAACUUCUGUGGCAAGGCUUUCUACUCUGAACAUUAUCUUGACUUACACUUCGAUAACAGACAUGGUGACCAGUUACUGAAGGGUUCUACAGUGUGUCUAGCUGAUUUUUGUGACAUCUUCAGAUGUGAUGUUUUCAGAAACCAGGGAAAAGACAACUUUUGGGAAAAGAAACUGUGCAAAGAAAACAAACUAACUGUUCGCAAAAAGAGAUGUGAGGCUUUAAUGCGAAGUUGCCUUCCUAAGGGCAAUCUAUCAGUUGAGGAGGAAUUCAAACUAUUUGAGGAGAUCAGUAGCAACACAUGUUCAUUAUUAAACUGCAAGGAUUAUUGGGAGUUACCAUCCAGUGAAAUUUCUCCGUGGAAAGUUGUCUUCUAUGCAGUGGUAACGCCGUUUUUCUUCAUGGCUCUUAUCGUUUAUUACUAUGCUAUUUGGGACUACUAUUACGUCGAUUAUCCGCAGUACAGCAAUAUUGGGUCGCGCGAGGAAGAGGAGAAUGUCUCCGGCGGUUACGGAUCGAGGUCAACUCAUUUGAGGAAAAGAUAUGGAGGACGCACUCUUAUGUAUUAGACCAGCAAAAAGGAUUCAAAACUACUCAAACUUGUCUUAAGGCACUGAUUCCACGGAGAGUCUUGUUCUCUGGUUGAUCUGGAAAGUUGCUGCACUACUUUCGAAACCCUUCUAGUAACAAAACUCGUGACAAAGUCGUAGAUGAAGUAGGUGAGGCGUGAGUAGUCCAGUGGUCAGUGCGCUGGACUCUGGGUUAAACGGCCCGGGUUCAAGUCCUUGCUGGGG